AUGGAGGGAGACGGCCGCGCACACCUCGCAGACCGCAGCGGUCGCUCGCAUGGCCGCGAGGACAGACGGCAGCGACACAGACUCCCCUCAGAGCACGCGAGGCCCCACCGUGGGUCCCGCGAUCGGGAGAGGGACGAAGACAGAAGGCAGUGCCGCAGGGGUUCCCCAGCUUAUUCCUCAGAGCGGGGAUACUGUGGUUACAGCCGGUCCCCCCCACCGGCUACACGUCCUCUUCUGAUGUCCGGGGACCGUCACAGACGCCCCUCGGAGGCCUACAUUGUACAGUGGGGGCCUGGAGAAGGCCCCUAUGAUGCUCCUCGGGCUAUACUGGGGUUCAGUCAAGAGCACCGCCUGAGUGCCCCCCACGGGAGGGAGGCUGGGAGUCUAAGCUGGGGACACCAGCCUCCCCACAAGGAUAAACGCCCUUUGGGUGCCAAAGAAUACGAGAAGUCUUCUACUUUGACCAGCCAAAAAGCAGUCCUGGCCUCCUCCACAGAGAAAAGCCCGAGGUCUGUCCCCAGGGACAAAGCAAAGGAGAAUCCGCCUUCUACUGGCAUCAAAGAGAAGGAAAGAAGACGCUGUGGGAUCCAGUUUUCGCCUUCCGUGGGGCACCCUUCAGUCUUGAAUUUUAAAAAGCAAAAGCAGGAAGACUCGGAGAAAACCAAAGCGGACAAAAACAAGCAAAUUCUCAACCACUUGGACAUAGCAGAGGGGACAAGAGGCCUGUUACCCAAGGUGAAAGAGAAGGCAACCAAUAACCAAAAGAUUCAGGAAGGGAAAGUAAGACCUCCCCAUUUGGAUGGAAAGCCAGAUGGCUCCCUCCCUGAAGUUGAGGAGACAGAUAUGGAUAAUGAAUUCAAGCCGCCUACCAUGUCUUUUCAUUCAUUCCUCAACCAGGACCAGCCUAAGGAGAAAAAGAAAAUGAUUAUGAAAACUUCAGCCACUGCUCUUGAAGAGAAAGAACCUAAAAAAAAUGACUCAAGUCAAAACUUGGACUUGGUUCAGGAACUGCCUGAGGUGAAUGAAAAUAGAUCAGAGAAGCUGCAACCAUCUGGAAAUGUCUGGGCCAAGCUGGAAAAGGUCCCCACUGAUGCACCAGUGUGGCCAGAUCUUCCAUUACCAAGGAUCUCGGCCAAGUACCAUCCACUUCCUGCCUCUAGAUUGAUCCGACCAAAGCAAAAAGCACUGUCUUCACCCCAGGAAGAGGAAAAAGUUGGAUUUACUGGAUGCAGAAUGAAUUCUAAGAUGCAAGUGUUUUCUGGCUCUAAGUGUGCCUACCUCGCCAAAAUGAUGACCCUGCGCCAACAGUGCAUCUGGGUACUUAAAAACAACAUCAAUUCCAUCUUUAAAGUGGGAGGAGUCCCAUAUUCAGUUCUUGAACCCAUCUUGAAGAGCUGUGCACCUGAUCAGCUGUAUCGCAUAGAGAAAUACAAUCAUGCACUAGUUCAAGAAACAGAUCAACUAUGGAAAAUUCACUGUCACCAAAACUUUAGGAAAGAAAGGCCACAAGAGCAUGAGUCAUGGCGAGAGAUGUACAUGCGGCUUCAGGAUGCCCAAGAGCAGCGGCUUCGAGCACUGACAGUGAACAUCCAGUCUGCACAUGCCAAUAAACCCAAAGGCCGACAAGCAAAAAUGAUCCUACUCAACUCUCUGGCCCGGCCACCUUCUGACGUCCAAAGGAGGCAGCAGUUUGAAACAGGAGAAGCAGCUGUCCCUGAAAAAGUCAAGAUCAAGCCAGCCCCGUCCCCCACAGAAACCAGCCAUACUCCCUCCAGCAUCAACAGCCUUAACCUUAUCCAUGAGAAGCCGGCCCACACAUGCUCAAGCGCUACCAGUACCCACUUGCCACAGGUGGGCAGUGGCAGGAAACGUGUGAAGAAGAUCGCCCCCAUGAUGGCCAAGACAAUUAAAGAUUUCAAGAACAGAUUCUCCCGACGAUAA